CCUGCAGAUGGAAAAAAAAAUGAUCCAAAAAAGUUGAGAGAAAAAUGGCGGAGAGUGCAGUGACCUUUCUACUUGAGAAGCUUGCACCUCUUUUUGAAAAUGAGCUGCAGUUAUUAAGAGGUGGGCGGGAAGAAAUUGUAUAUGUGAGAGGAGAGUUGGAGCGGAUAAGAGCCUUCCUACGCGUUGCAGAUACAUUAGAAGAGAGCGAUGAGGAAGUCAAGGUGUGGGUUAAGCAAAUAAGGGACGUUGCUCAUGAAACUGAAGAUAUUCUGGAUGAGUUCACAAUUCUCCUGGCACAUGAUCAUGCGAGUGGACUCUAUGGUUUGAUCCAUAAGAUGUCAUGCUGCAUCAAAAAUAUGAAGGCUCGUUAUCGAAUUGCUUCGCAAAUAAAAGCCAUGAACUCAAGAAUCAGAAAUAUCUCGGAUGGCCAUCGCAGACUCCGUCAAAAGUUCUGCGUAGCUGAACAUGGUUCCAGUUCCGCUAGCACAGGCUGGCAGGACCGAAGAGAAGAUGCCCUUCUUCUAGACAUGACUGAUCUAGUGGGAAUCGAGGAGCGCAAAAGCAAGCUUGUUGGUUGGCUUGUCUAUGGUCGUUCAGGACGUGAAGUAGUUUCGCUUGCUGGGAUGGGAGGGCUGGGAAAAACCACCUUGGCAAAGCAAGUCUAUGAUGAUGCAGAAGUGAAGAAACAUUUCAGUGUCCAUGCCUGGAUUACAGUGUCUCGAUCUUACAAGAUGGAAGAACUACUUAAAGACAUUCUUCAACAACUCUUUGCUGCAGAUAGGAAGCCAGUCCCCAAAAAUUUAGAGAGCCAGAACAGCAGUCAGCUAAAAUCAAUAAUCAAAGAGGUCCUGCAGAAAAGAAGGUACCUAAUAGUCCUGGAUGAUGUAUGGCACGUGAAUGAGUGGGAUGCUGUCAAGUAUGCCUUGCCAACCAACAACUGCGGCAGCCGGGUCAUGCUCACUACACGCAAUGCUGAUCUAGCCUUCACCUCUCGCAUAGAAUCAGAAGGCAAGGUCUAUAACUUGGAGCCCUUGCUUCCAGAAGAGUCGUGGACUCUUUUCUGCAGGAAGACAUUCCGGGGGAAUUCAUGUCCUCAUCAUUUGGAGGAUAUUUGUAAGAAUAUCUUGAGAAAAUGCGAGGGGCUUCCACUUGCAAUUGUGGCAAUCAGUGGCGUUCUUGCUGCAAAGGACAAGCGAAGGAUAGAUGAAUGGGAAAUGGUUCGACGUAGUCUUGGUGCUGAAAUUGAGGACAAUAAUAAGCUUCUCAAUUUGAAAAAGGUGCUUUCUCUCAGUUUCAAUGAUCUUCCGUACUAUCUAAAGUCUUGUUUCUUGUAUGUGAGCAUCUUUCCAGAGGAUCAUCUAAUUGCACACACGAAACUUAUUCGUCUAUGGGUUGCGGAAGGAUUUGUGGAAGCAAAAUAUGGAAAGGAGUUAGAAGAUGUUGCAGAGGAGUAUUUCAAUGAACUCCUAAACAGAAGCCUGUUGCAAGUGGCGGAGACAGCUAGUGACGGAAGGGUCAAAACAUGUCGCCCACAUGACCUCUUGCGAGAGAUUAUCAUUUCAAAGUCAAGAGACCAGAACUUUGCAGUUAUAGCCAAGGAUCAAAAUGCAAUGUGGCCAGACAAAAUUCGGCGUCUAUCAAUACACUACACAGUGCGAAACGUACAACUGAACAGAUGCGUCUCUCAGUUGCGUUCUUUGUUCAUGUUUGGGGUGGUAGAGAAGUCGCCCCUACGAACCUUGUUUCCUAAUGGUUUUAGGCUGCUUCAUGUGCUGGAUUUGCAAGGUGCUCCAAUAAAAAUGUUUCCAGUUCAAGUUAUCAACCUGUAUUACCUUAGGUAUCUAAGUUUGAAGGAAACUAAGGUAAGUAGAGUCCCAUCCUAUAUAGGGAAACUUCAACACCUAGAGACCUUGGAUCUCAAACACACGUAUGUCACUGAAUUGCCAGAUGAGAUCUUGAAGCUACAACGACUUCGUCAUCUCCUGGUUUAUCGCUAUGAAUUUGAGUCUUACGCACACUUCCACUCGAAGAAUGGUUUCAAGGCUCUUGAGAAAAUAGGACAACUGCAAUCCCUACAAAAACUAUGUUUUGUUGAGGCAAACCACGGCAACGGCAAUAUAAUGAUUGAACUUGGGAAGCUAACUAAACUGAGAAGGUUAGGUGUUGUAAAGUUGAGAAGGGAAGAUGGUGAGUCUUUAUGUUCAUCUAUCGAGAAUCUUAGAAACCUUCGCGCCUUGUCUCUACUUUCAGUAGAAGAGGAUGAGAUUCUUGAUCUUGAGCACCUUUUCUCUCCUCCUCCGCUACUUCAGCGGUUGUACUUGACAGGACGCUUAGAGACACUGCCACACUGGAUACCUAAUCUAGAAAGCCUUGUCAGAGUUCAUUUGAAAUGGAGCCGCUUAAAGGGUGAUCCCCUGGAAUCUCUUCAGGUUCUUCCCAAUCUUGUGCAUCUUGAAUUACUUCAAGUUUAUGAAGGAGAUACUUUGUGUUUCAAGGUGGGAGGGUUUAAGAAACUCAAGCUUUUAGGUAUUGAUAAAUUUGACGAGCUAAGAUGCGUGGAAGUGGAGGUGGGUGCGCUGCCUCGCGUGGAAAAGUUGAGCAUUCAGCGCUGUAAAUUGCUGGAGAAGGCACCAUUAGGCAUUGAGCAUCUGACAAAGCUGAAAGUGCUAGAGUUUUUCGACAUGCCUCGAGAACUAAUCAAGACACUUCUUUCACAUGAACAAGGGGGAGAUUAUUGGAGAGUCGCGCACAUCCCAGAAGUAUACUCAACCUACUGGAGAGAUGGGGGAUGGGAGGUCUAUUCUCUGGAGAGUUUCAACGACUCUUCCCGGCCAAGUCCCGUCAUAAGGAGCCAGGAGCUUCAUACUCGCUGGAAAUGAUAUUUCUGCUACAAGUUGAUUUUUAGGACCUGUAGUUGAAGGAUUUGUAAAUAUUCUUACUAGUUGUCUGUAGAUAAUUGUAUAGCUUCAGCGUAGAACAUCAAGAACUACCCAGUGGUUCAGGUAGUGAUGUGUACAGUAUUUGGGCAAGGUGUUAUCAUAAAGCCUGUGCCUUUGAAAUAUUCAUAAAAGGAAGACGCUGAUAUACAGUCUCUGGUCUGUACAUAAUUUCUUCAAUAUCAAACUGAUUAUUUGAAUAUGUA